UCGACAUAAACGAAAGAGGACCAUCAAUCUCCGCUGUCUAGAUAAUCCAAAGGCAGAGAAAGAUGCCAGAGACGGGAAGACACCACCAGAGGAGUGAUGAUUAUGCAGAGUACAAGAGCAGGGACAGAGACUACUCACACAAUGCAGACCACUCCAUGUACGACAGCAGAGAUCGCAACCAAAAGCCCAUAUACAUGGACAAGAGAGGAUCUGCUGGUGACAGGAGGGCCAAAGAAGGCAGACAGAGUGACAUGACAACUGACUUUCAUGAGGAGUCACAUGCUUACAGAGGCCACAAUCCUCAAGGACCCUCGAGACUGUCCAGAGAGACUUCGGUGUAUCACUCUGAAGAAGAAUAUAAUGAACAACAACAUAGACAAGCUCUUUACAAUCUCAGAUAUAUCCUAACCAGUAGAGGUCUUUGUCAGAUUAUGGAGGUAUUUGUGAAUCUCCUUAUCAUCAUCUGUGCCGGAGUGCCAUACAGCAACAAUGGGGGUUACCGUGACCUGGCCAGUCUCGGUGGACUCUACUAUUAUCAUUUUGGUGGAGCAAAUGCCUUCACCGGAGCCGAUGCAGACAGGGUGAAGGAGUUGGACCGGUUGUACCAUCAGCUCAAGCGGCCUCCAUAUGUCUUCACCAUGGCCUGUGGAGGGGUUUUGAUGAUCUAUGCCUGCGCCAUGUUGGCUCUUGGGAUUUUCCGAGUCCCUUUCCGCUGGCCCCCUGUGCUGCUGGGAGAGGCUCUGCUGAAUGUCCUCAUUGGCUUGGGCUACAUCCCUGCGCUGGCCUUCUACUUUAUAAAGCUACAGGACACCUACGAUAAUCCCAUCUGUAAGGAGAGAGAGAAACUCUACAAGAGCAAAAACCACCAGGGCUUUGAGUGCCAGUUUCACGGCGCUGAUAUCGCAGGAGGUCUAUUUGGGGUGCUGGGUGUGUUUGUUUUCAUCUUUGGCACAGUGUUAGCUGUCAGAGCUUUCAGGUCAGUGCGGGAGCUGAAGAAGCAGAUGAGAAAUGAGGACAAUAAUUUUUAAGCACCAUUUAUUCCUUGACAUAUUUGAACACAUUUGUUCAUGGAGUGACAAGAGAACAUGUGAGGGUUUUUUGUCCCAUCAGGUGUAACUUUGUGUACUCUGGCUGAAUGUGAUUUGUGAAUCAGCUUUUUUUAUUCCACUUUGUAUCCUCUGAAGUUUUUAUAAGUUUCUAAAUUGUAUUUUGUAGGACUUUUUAU